UGGUUUUUUUUAGUGCACCAGACUGUACAGACUAUCAGGUUCCCAAGGUUAAAGGAAACAAAACAAAACAUGUUAUUCAGCGAGGUUUGUGUUAAUUCCCGUGCUGUUUCUGCAGGUUACAUUAUAAUGCGAGACACAGCUGAGUAGCAAAUGUUCCACAGCGGACAGGGAGAAAGUUUUGAAAGUUUGCGCGAAACUUUGUGACCGAGCAUCCUGGAUAACAUUCUGUGUUUUACACACACACACAUACUUUAAAGCGGAAAGUGUAGCUUUUUUCGGUACAGUGAAUUAAAAUCUCUACACAGCACGGACUACAGGACAUUUACGGGACCAAAAAAAAGGGAAGUGUUGGGAAUUUCUAGAAAUAGCCGUCCCGGGCUGACGUCACUGGAACGGCUCCUCUGCCUCUGGAGAUGGUCUGCACACUCGGUCGCGGAGGAAGAGUUACUGAACAAGGCAGAAUGAGCAAACUCCUGCUUUUUGUCUCCUCGGUCCUGCUGUGUUGCUGCCGGACCACACGGGCAGAGAUCUUUACAUCCAUUGGCCAAAUGACAGACCUGAUCUACACAGAAAAGGAGCUGGUUCAGUCUCUGAGGGAGUACAUCAAAGCAGAGGAGUCCAAGCUGGCCACUGUAAAAAGCUGGGCCAAUAAACUUGAUGCCCUGACCAGAGUGUCCACCGCUGACCCAGAAGGCUACCUGGCUCACCCAGUGAAUGCCUAUAAACUGAUGAAGAGACUCAACACUGAGUGGUCUGAACUGGAGAGCCUGGUGCUUCAGAAUCCCGCUGAUGGGUUCGUCUCCAACAUGUCCGUACACAGACAAUAUUUCCCAGACGAGGAAGAUGAGACGGGUGCAGCCAAGGCGUUGAUGCGCCUGCAGGACACGUACCAACUGGAUUCUGAAGCCUUCUCCAAAGGAAAGCUGCCAGGUGUGCACUCCAAUGCUGUGCUGACUGUGGAUGACUGCUUCGACAUGGGAAAGACGGCUUACAACGAUGCAGACUAUUAUCAUGCCGUGCUGUGGCUGCAGCAGGCCCUGAAACAGCUGGACGAUGGCGAGGAAGCUGUGGUUUCCAAGGCAGACAUUUUGGACUACCUCAGCUAUUCUGUUUACCAAAUGGGUGACCUCCCUCGAGCCAUUGAACUGACGCGACGGCUUGUAGCUAUUGAUCCCAGCCACCAGAGGGCAGGAGGAAACCUCCGUUAUUUUGAGCAGCUACUGAUGAAGCAGCUCCGUGAGAUGAACCAAGACUACCAGCCUCCAUCUGAGGAGCCCAUUCAGCUGGGAACCUACAGUAGACCCAAAGACCAUCUCCCAGAGAGAGAGUCCUACGAGGCUCUGUGCAGAGGAGAGGGGAUCCAAAUGACUGAAGCGAGGAGGAGCCGUUUGUUCUGUCGCUACCAUGACGGUAAAAGAAACCCUCAUCUUCUGCUGAAGCCUGUUAAAGAAGAGGACGAGUGGGACAGCCCCCACAUUGUGCGCUACCUGGAUUUGUUGUCAGAUGAGGAGAUUGAGAAGAUCAAAGAGCUGGCAAAACCCAGGCUUGCACGAGCCACUGUCCGUGAUCCCAAAACAGGUGUCCUGACCACAGCCAACUACAGAGUCUCGAAAAGUGCGUGGUUAGAAGGAGAGGAGGACCCCGUCAUUGACAGAGUCAAUCAGAGAAUAGAAGCCAUCACCGGUCUCACAGUAGAAACUGCAGAGUUAUUGCAGGUUGCAAACUAUGGCGUGGGAGGACAGUAUGAGCCACAUUUUGACUUCUCCAGGCGUCCUUUUGACAGCAACCUCCACGUCGAUGGAAAUAGACUUGCUACCUUCCUAAACUACAUGAGUGAUGUUGAGGCAGGAGGUGCCACAGUCUUCCCUGACUUUGGAGCAGCAAUCUGGCCUAGAAAGGGAACAUCGGUGUUCUGGUAUAAUUUGUUCAGGAGCGGAGAGGGAGACUAUAGGACCAGACAUGCAGCCUGUCCUGUCCUAGUAGGAAGCAAAUGGGUCUCAAAUAAGUGGAUUCAUGAGCGAGGUCAAGAGUUCAGAAGACCCUGUGGCCUGACAGAAGUGGACUGAAACUGACUUUACUCCUACACAGCACCCCGUGCUAUCUUGCAUAGAUAGAGCGCUUUAGGUUGAAGUUGUAAAAUGUUGCUUUUUUUGUUUCUUUCUUUGGGUUUUGUUUGUUUGUGCUUUGUUUGUUUGUUUGUUCUAUACAUGGAUUGCAUUUUGUGAACUGACUCACCCGCUCACUUGCUGGUCAGUCCAGCUGUCUAACUGUGUGUCCAUUGCUCUGUUUAUCAUCCUGUCCCAGAAAAUGAUUUUUACAAGUCUGAGUGGGAGGUUUGAGAUUUUUUCGUUUGUUUGUUUUGUUGUUGUUGUUUUUUUUUUUUAACUGAAAAAUAACUCAGAUCUUUGUUGCGCAUGGUCAUGCCACCCACACAUCAUUAAAUGGGCGAUUUAAAUUAAGACUGAAGCAAACUGUGUCCUGAAAUGGAAUUAACAAAUAAACACUGAAAAACACAAAGCUGUA